AUGAUUUGUCCAAAAGACGUCCUGCAGUGGUUUAAGACUCUGGAGAGCUAUAAUCGCAUUGAUACCAUGUGUUCAUUGUUCGAGGCCUGUUUGCCGUUUGAGUUGCGGUUUCUGGGCACAUUUUUGGAGGAGCUGGGUCGCAGGGAUUCACCGGAAUUGCGUGGCAUGGAGCUGCGCGCCAAUAAUCCACAGGAUCUGGCCGCCGAUAUGCACAACUGCCAAAAGGGCGAACCAACAGACAAAAAGAUCCGCCGCAAGAUGGCGCUAUAUUUAGCGCUGAUACGUGCCUGUAAUCGAAAUUGUGUGACAGAAAUAUUUCGCACCCUCGAGUGUUGGGGCGACCGCGAUUUUGCCAGCAUUAACGAUCAGGAUACGAUCCUGGAGCUGUUGCUCGUCUACACAAUGGCUGCCAAACAUCCUGUCUUUUCUUACCACCAGAACACCAAAUGCGGCGAAAUUCUGGCCAAGAUUAAGGAGAUCAGACGUAUGACAGACGAAACGACACAAAUGAUGAGCCAGCAGCAGCAGCAGCAGUCGUCACAGCAGCAACAGCAACAGCCGUCGCAUACACAACACUUGCUGCAUCAGCAGCAGCAGUCGCAGCCUCAGCCACAGCCACAGCAGCCGCCACCGCCUUUCCAUCAUCCAGUGGUGCCAAUGAUGCAGCCACAGCAGCCAACGCCUCUGCUGUAUCCACAGCCUUGGACCAAGAUGAUACCCGGCACAGACGUGGACAGCAUACAACAUUUGAUGCAAUCCAACAUCACCAUUCCAACGGACUCGAAUGCCAUUGCUGCGGCAGCGGCAGCGGCGGCGGCGGCAGGCGGCUGGUCCAUGCGCAACUCAGUGCCGUGUACAGUGUAUGCAGUGCCGCCUCCACAGCCACAGAGCCUGGAUCUUCAGGUGCCGCCGCAAGCCAGCUCGCCCAUGCUAAGCAGCCAGCAGUCAUCGCCGUCGACCAGUCGCACCACCAGUCCACAGCGUGAGCGUGGCAGCAGUGCCCCACUGCUGCAGCAACAGCAACAGCCACAACAACAAAUGCGCAGCUUGCCGUUGCGCUUGCCGAACAGCGUCAAACAUUCGCGUCGACCCUCUGUGGAGACAACGCCACCGCCAUCGUCUACGUCCGUUGGCAGCGGCGACGCUAAGCAUUUUGAUGAGGGUAUCAGCGAAGGCGGCGGCAACCCAGUUGGCGCCAGCUUGUCUAGUAUUAUACGCAACGCAAGCUAUCCGCGUGUCUCGCAUCAGCGUAUGAAUGCGAAUACAUAUAUACCACCUCACCAGCAGCAGCAGCAACAACAACAACAACAACAGCAGCAGCAGCAACAGUCGCCGGUAAGUCAAGAUUCACAGCAGCAGCAGCAGGCGCAGCAGCACUAUCAGAUGAACAGCUUCAUCAAGGCGAACACACUGGUCCACACGAUGCAUAAUAUGCACAUAAACGAGGAUGGCAGCGGCUCGACGAGAAUGAGUUCGAGUAAAAGUGCGGCAACUACGAGCAGCGAAUCGGGUUGCUCGAAUGGCUCUUGCGGCGAGACAACGCCACCGGAAACGCCCACGCCCACGCCCACGCAUCCCAACCAUUCAGUGGGCAUUGGUUAUCAGCAACAGCAGCAGCAAAAGCCGCAUCAUAUUAGCAAUAAGCAGUCUAGCCUACAGCAUCGUCUCAACGGGCGCAAUGGCGUGGAGAAGAGCUAUCAGCAAAUCUAUACGCCGAGCAAUCCCAGCGAGCAACAGCAACAGCAGCCGCUGCUCAUGAGUCCCUCUGCUGUUAGUACGCCACCGACACCUGUGCUGUUGCAGACGCAGCAGCAGUCACAACAGCAGCAGCAGCAGCAGCAACAACAGCAGCCACAACAGCAACAACAGCAACCACAACCACCGCCAACAGCGACAGCGUAUAAUGCACCAACAUAUCCAUAUCAUGCGGCAAGUGGACGUGGACCGCAGCCAGCAUUGAUAAAACCACAUCAUCCGCAGCCGCCGCCACUUGCGCUGCACAACUCCAUACGCGUUCAUUACCAGCCUAACGGGGACAUCAUCUUUCCGGGCUAUCAUCCCGGGUUGACGUAUCCAGUGCCCGUUACAGCACCGCCAGCUGGUGCGCCCACAGCUGUGACGGCGGCCCAAUUGGUCCGCAAUACGGCGCCCGUUGCCAGCACCAAUGCAGUCACAGUGCAAACGCAAACGCCCGCCACACAGCCGCAGCCGCAGCAAUUGCUCGCGACGCCAGUUGCGCCCACGCCGUAUGCGACGUUAGGCGUUUGCCCCAUAACUGGAGCGAGCAGCGCAGUGACACCGAAGAUCAUCUCCUGCUACAACUGUGGCUCCCAGACGCACAUCGGGCGCGAUUGCCAGGAAGCGUCCAUGGAGGAUGUGACGCGCAGCGCCACCUACAAGCUGGACUUCAGUACGACUAGCAACUCGGGCAGCAGCAUCGAUGGCGGCAACCUAAGCGAUCACAAGGAGGUCGGCAGCAUGCUGAAGAAUGUGCCAGCGACAACGCCAACGGCGACAGCGGGAGCAGCAUUGACCAGCAUGGGCAAAUAAGCCAUGUAUAAUACACACACACAGAUAAAUAUUUAUAUGUAUUUACAUAUAUAUAAAUAAUUAAUAUAUAUAUAUAUAAUUAAUUAAUAUACUUAUUGUAAUUCUUAACUACUUACACAAUUGAACAUUUAUAACGUUUGUAAAAGUGCGGAAAUCAAAUUUCACGCCUUUAGCCACGUCUCUUAGUUAUUUAAGUCAUUUUUGCAAAUUGCGUUAGCCAGAACAAGUCGCCUAAAAUUAAACAAAAAAAAGAAACAAAAUCGAAAUGCAAAAAAAAAAAAAAAAAAUAUUAUAAACAAUUAACAACCUUGCACACCACAGGGAAAUUAUGCAGAUAGUAAUUGUAGUUAUAUAUACAUACAUAUAUAUUCUAUAUAUAUAUAAAUUAUACUAUAUCUACUGUAUAAUUGCGCGUACUAUACGAAUAUUUCUACCAUUUAAGUUAUACGCAAAACAAAUAGGCGAAAAACAAAAACAAUACAAUGACGAGCAA